AGAGAGAGAGAGAGAGAGAGAGAAUGGCAACAGCUUCGUUGGGUUCGUCAACUCUUGUCCAGUCCCAGAUUAAGGGGUUUGGUGCGCUUCAAAAGCAAUCUCUCUCUCAUCCCAAUUCUAUCACCUUUACCAGGAGAAAGUUUCGAGCUAUAGUGAAGGCAUCUGCUCGUGUGGACAAAUUCUCAAAAAGUGACAUCAUUGUUUCUCCAUCAAUUCUCUCUGCAAAUUUUGCAAAGUUGGGAGAGCAGGUAAAAGCAGUGGAGCUGGCAGGUUGUGACUGGAUUCAUGUUGAUGUAAUGGAUGGUCGCUUUGUUCCAAAUAUAACAAUUGGGCCUCUUAUUGUUGAUGCAUUGCGCCCUGUAACAGACCUUCCAUUGGAUGUACAUUUGAUGAUUGUUGAACCAGACCAGCGAGUGCCUGAUUUUGUGAAGGCAGGAGCUGACAUAGUCAGUGUCCAUUGUGAGCAAUCUUCCACCAUCCAUCUGCAUCGCACAGUUAAUCAAAUAAAAAGUCUGGGAGCCAAAGCUGGAGUUGUCUUAAACCCAGCUACCCCACUAACUGCAAUAGAAUAUGUUCUUGAUGUGGUUGAUCUGGUCUUGAUCAUGUCGGUGAACCCUGGAUUUGGUGGGCAGAGCUUUAUUGAGAGCCAAGUUAAGAAAAUCUCAGAUUUAAGAAAAAUGUGUGCAGAGAAGGGGGUGAACCCAUGGGUCGAAGUAGAUGGUGGAGUUGGUCCCAAAAAUGCAUAUAAGGUUAUCGAGGCUGGGGCCAAUGCUUUGGUUGCUGGUUCUGCUGUUUUUGGAGCUAAAGAUUAUGCUGAAGCUAUAAAAGGAAUAAAAACCAGCAAAAAGCCCGUUGCUGUCGCCGUAUGAAACUUUGAAGUCGAAGAGUUCUUAUUCAAGUCAAUAAGCAGUUCACUUGUCCUACACUCUCAUAUAACGAGCACAACCAGACAGAGCAGCAUAUUGCCGACUUCAUGUUGUUAUCAGAUAAAACGGUUGAUUUCUCUGCUGUCAGAGGUGAAAUUAAUAAGAAAAAACAUAAUUUCUGAUCAGGAGUGCUGUUGUGACACAAUUUGUGUGGUAUAUCUCGUAUAGGAAUAUAGUUGUUUCAACCUAUUUUUCAGCACUCAUCCCUGUAACAAUACCAUCUCAUCAAUGUCCUGUUUAAUAAAGCAUUUUCAUGUGUGCAUUGUAUAUUGCA